UCAGCAUUUGGGUGUGGAUCCAUAUUCAGAGGAACAUUACAAAACUGGAUUUCAUUCAACUGUGCAUUUAUAAUUCCUCUGAGAGCCCUGCUGAAAGAUUUGAAUGCCUGAAUGAGAGCAGAAAAACAUGCUGGGUGUGUGAUGAAUGAGACGAGAAAGCAUCGAGCAGUGUGUGCUGCAGAUGAAAGCAUGCAUGUCCAUGGCGAGCAGAGGAGAAGCUUUCAGUCCAAUGCCUUUCAUGAGAGCAGAGUGUUCUCUUUGCUUCCACCAAGACCACGGACCUAUGGGCUUUCAUUCAGAGGCUCUGAGCUCCUGGGCCUGCAAGUGCAGGGAUUCUGCUGUCCCCUCCAGCAGAGGCCCAGCAGUGGGAGGAUAACGCACAGGGUGACACCACAGAGCAGAGGGGGGAGAGAAGGGAGCUUGACAUUGCUAAGCAAUCUGAAGGGAAGGCUGGAGAGGAGAGCAAAACCAGCCUCAGCAUCCAGGACUGAGAACAGACCUGAGGUGAUCACAGAAGGUGGAGCUUCUACAGUGUGUCAUCACACAGAUCCAAUCAGUGAAUUGACAGAAACUCACACAACCCCUCGCAAGAGUGAGAGGCAGGCUCUUCAAGGACAGAGCGGCGCCACGAAGGUUUCACAACUCCAUCUGUAUCUGCCUUCAUCACUAUGUGAUGAUGAGGAGCAGGACACUGAGAAGGAGGAGAUGAGGACUUCAGUGGAGAAAACUACCACUCAGGGAUCUGAGACAAACGACUCUUCUGUGUUAAUCAACCCUUCACACAACAGUUAAGAUCAGCCUAACGCAGCCUCCAGUACUCCACAGCAUACAGAGCAGAAAACAGAUUGAGUCACUUUGCCCCUCCAUGUGGGCGGGGCAGGAAAGAGAAAUGGGGAAACAGGUCACUGUUGAUAAGGUCUGCUGCUGUCCACAGGUGGAGCCCCCACACAUGGGUUAAAAAUAUGGGCUCCAUGAUGAGAAGCUGCAGAGUCUCCCCAAAAUUACAAGACUUUGAAAUGUAGUACAUGGCUGGACUUUGACCGGUGUUCCUGCAGACGGACCACACCUCACUGCAAAGCUUUAUUUAUACCAAAAGUGACAUCAACGUGCAUCUUGUAUCGAGCACGUAGGCUCCACAAAUGAUGUGUUUAAAGCAUGUCCACGAAUAGAUAAAGAGUUUAUAAUAACUAUUCUUUUACAUCAGUGAGGAGCUGUAUAGCUGAGUGUGCAGCCACAUUUGGUUUAUGGCAUUCUUCUGCUAACACUUGUCUACUGCUUCCUCACUGAAUGCUGUGUUCGCACAGCCCUUUGCGUAUCACAGAAUAUUACAAUGGUUCGUGCAUUGAGCAUAAAGUCCUCUGUGUACACUCACGGAGGCACACACCAUGCUGUCCCAUUUGAGCAUAAAAAUGAGAUUAAAAGAGGACAUAAUUUAGGACCAACCAAUGGUGUAACUUCAUCACUCGGAGAAGGCCACACGGUCAUAGAACUGGCCUCGCUUUGCUGUGAUCCAGUCAAAAAAGGCACCCACAGUGUGGAAACACAGGAAAAUAAGAGUAUGUACAGUAUAUGUGCUUCUACAUGAAAAAAUGAAGUAGUAAUAAGAUGCCUGUGGACAACUGGAGUAACAGAAAUGACUUUUAAUGGAACAGUGUUUAAAAAUGAAACAUCUGAAGAGAAAAGAUGGUGCCACACAGGUGAGCAACCAAAAACAACAGCAAACGUGACAUACAGUGAGCAUGGGAACAGAGAAACAUGCAGAACAGAAUAUUAAUAUAAUACACUAUAAUAUGAACAUGUAAUCCUGACUUUCCUGCAGGCUCUGGCUCAUCUGUGUUUUGGUGAUGAAUAUCAUGGAUUACUGUCCUUCUAGGAUUACAAGAUAAACUAAGAUCAGAUAGACUUUAAUGAUCCCACACCGGGGAAAUUCACUUGUCACAGUAGCUCAUAUACACAAGGUUGAUAAUAAAUUAUUCACAAGUACAAAAUGUAUAGAAAUGCUGGUGCUGAAGAGUCUGACAGCUGUUGGUAUAAAGGACCUGCGAUAGAUAAGCGAUAUUUAAUAUUCCCAAGCAACAUUUCUUUGGCUAUCUACUCAGGUUGCCUCCUUUUGUUUCCUCCCUUGCAGUGACAUAGAGAGAUUUCUCUCGUGGUAUAAAAUGGAAAAUAUUUUAUAUCAUCAUUUUCUCAUUCUCUUCUUCAUUGUCAGUCCCUCUGACUCGAGUGGCAAAAUAUUCCUCUUAAAUUAUAAGCACAUAUUGAAGAUGACUGGCAUAUUCCAUUUAACCCUUUUACAAAAUAAACCUUCUCUUUCUCCACUAUGAAUUCAGUUUGGUUGUGUAUUUCCAAGAACAUUUGUGAGAUAUUUAAAAUAAAAAUUCAUCAUCAAAUCCAUCAUACAUAGAGAUUUAAAAAAAACAUACCCUAUAAAAAAUGAAAGGAUGUCUUAAAGGAAAAGAUCAGCUGUUUCUGAACAUUUGGUCACCUCUUCUAGAAUAUUUACCUGCAGCCCUGAAGCUGUUAGCACUUUCCUGAGGAAGACCUGUCUCAUAACCCCAAUUAUGCAACACACGACAUGAUACAUAAUAUGACAACUGAUGACUGCUUACCCUAAAAUUUGAAAUUGGAUAGAAUGAGACUCACAAAGAGUGGGAUGAUUAAAUGGUAAAUGGACUGUACUUAUAUAGGAUCUUUCUAGUCUACCGACCACUCAAAGCUCUUUACAGUACAUAUCUCAUUCACCCAUUCACACACAUUCAUACACUGAUGGCAUUGGCUGCUCAUCAGUUCGAAGGAGAUAACCAUUCAUAUACAUUCACACACCGAUGGCACAGCCUUCAGGAGCAAUUUGAAAUACAGUAUCUUGUC